UUGAUAUGAAUUGGGAAGGAAAAGGUACGGCAAGUGGAAAAAUAUGGCGGAGACCAAGAUAAUAGGCGUCGUUGGCAGUGGCCAGAUGGGCUCUGGUAUCGCGCAACUUGCCGCCGUAUACGGGCUCGAUGUCUUGCUCCUUGACACGGAUCUUGCUGCUCUCUCCAGAGCUAGAAAAUCUAUUGCCGGUAACAUCCAGCGUCUCGUCUCCAAAGGUCACCUCUCUCAGGCAGCUUUCAGUGAAGCUGUGGGGCGUCUAUAUUGCACCUCAAAGUUGGAAGAGCUGCAUGAGGCAGAUUUUGUUAUUGAAGCUAUUGUGGAAUCUGAAGAUGUGAAGAAAAAGUUAUUUCUUGAACUAGAUAAGAUUGUUAAAAGUUCUGCCAUUUUGGCUUCCAAUACAAGUUCUAUCUCCAUAACACGUCUUGCCUCAGCAACUAGCACGCCGAGCCAGGUAAUUGGCAUGCACUUUAUGAAUCCUCCCCCAAUAAUGAAAUUAGUUGAGAUUGUGCGUGGUGCAGACACAUCAGAUGAGACAUUUUACGCAACCAAGACCUUGGCAGAGAGGUUUGGCAAGACAGUUAUAUGCUCACAGGAUUUUUCUGGUUUCAUUGUAAACCGAAUUCUAAUGCCAAUGAUAAACGAAGCAUUUCAUACUCUUUAUACAGGAGUGGCAACAAAGGAGGACAUUGACACAGGAAUGAAGUUAGGAACAAACCAUCCAAUGGGUCCUUUAGAGCUUGCAGAUUUUAUUGGAUUAGAUGUCUGCCUGUCAAUAAUGAAAGUGCUUCAUGCUGGCUUAGGGGACAGUAAAUAUGCUCCCUGUCCACUUCUCGUGCAGUAUGUUGAUGCAGGUCGUGUUGGACGAAAACGUGGCAUCGGAGUAUAUGACUAUCGUAAAUCCCUUGAACAAGUAAAGCCAUCAGCUCGGCUUUGAAAUUUAUAGCAUAGUAUUUUGCCAAUAGUGUAGUGCUUUGUAAAUAAAUUACAUGCAAAUAAGUGUCCAAUACCAACUCCUCCUACUGUUGUUUUCUUCCUUUGGAUCCUUGCAAAUUAAGAACAAGCUCCCAGAAGGUGGGCAAGAUUCCCCCAUCCCCACACUUAUAUAAGGGGAAGAUUGUGCUUGAAGUAAUGAACUUCACAGACUUUUCUAUCA